UAAAAAGAAAGGUUUAAUGAUACAAAACAAAAUAAAUAACACAAAGUGUUGAUGAAUAACUUCUGGCGGAUAGUGCAUGAAGUAACGCCGUUCAAAAAGUAUAUAAAAAAAAUUGUGAACGAAUCGAAAGCACGCCACCUGUCGGAAUGGAGACUCGGGGUUCAAAAGAUGCCGACGGCACUUUCUCCUCAAAAGUUUUGUUUACGCCACGUUUAGCGUCGUAUGGACAGUAAUCAUCCCACAACUACAAGAAACUAACUAGGAACUCCUCUCGAUGUGGUCGGUUCAUCUCCAGUCAAGCUGGGCGUUCCUUCUUCCCUCGCCGAGAAGGUCGAAAAUGGACCGUGGCUGGCAGAAAGUACGAUCCUUGGCAGAGUUGACAGCAUUUCCUUUGUUAGCGUCGUUGUUGGACGCUGCUGAGAUCAACGACCGAGGCUGACAUAUCGCCAUGCUCUCUGAAUCACAAGCUCCGGGACUUCAUCUAGCAGUUGCAUCCAGAACGAAUCAGCGAAUUUUAAACGAUUAAACUACGACAGUGACACUGAUCGGCUAUGUCGGCGGCGACGCAUCAGUUCGGUACGCCACGGCCGCUGCUCAUCUCAAACACAUCGGACCUCCGCGCCGUGGUCGGCUGUCAGAUGUUGCUCCUCCACGCGCUGCGCAAGCGCCGGCGACGCCUGCUCCUCGAUCAGCGACCUUCUCACUCCGUGCAUAUGGUGCAAAACGCGAUGUUGCUUCGACGGGUCCAGCGCCGUCAAUCCAGGAUCCAUUUCCUUGCGAACCUGGUGAAGACCGCCGUGACGGCGGGUCUGGGUCGCGACCUCUGCUUGGACCGCAAGCCGUCUGACAACCACGUCUCCGCCUACGACGACUCGGAGUCCGACCUGGACGACGACGACCACUUGCUCUCCCCCGGCCAAAUCAGCGACGACGUCUGGCUGAACACGUUCCGGGUAGGAAAGGACCUCUACCACUACCUCCUCACCGAGCUCAAGCCGUUCAUGUGCGUGGACGAGGACGACAGAGACGACGACUACCCGCCUUUCGAGCAGCGGGUCUCCAUCGCCCUCUGGCGCUUGGGGAAAGUCUGGGACGACCCGGCGCUAAUGCGGGCUUUCGGCGUGACUGGAGACACAGUGGCCAGGAUCGUGCGAGAGUUCUGCGCCGCCGUGGUGAAGGUCCUCAUGCCGCGUUUCGUACAGGUGCCCUACGACGAAGACCUGGAAGACAUUGCCGAGCAGUUCCGCGACCGCACCAAGUUCCCGCGGUGCGCCGGAGCGCUCUGCUUCGCGCACGUGCCUAUCCUGCCGCCGCAAGACGACGAAGGCAACGACUACACGAACCCAGAAGGCUGGAACUCGAUCGUGGUUCAGGCGGUGGUGGGCGCUGACCGGCGUUUCUGGGACCUCAACAUCGGUUGGCCUGGCAGCACCCAGGUGGCGCAGGUGCUGCGUAGCUCCAGCCUCUGGAAGAAGGGCGAGGAGGGCACGCUGUUUGCGGCCAAGGUGGAGGAGAUCUGCGGCAUCAGAGUCAAGCAGGUCCUGGCGGCCGGAACGGGCUACCCGCUGCGCCGCUGGAUCGUGACGCCCUACCUGAUGCCCAACGAGUGCCAGCUGCGCUUCAACCGGUCGCUCAGCGAGGUCCUGUCCGUCGGGGAGGCGGCCUUCAGGAGGCUGGAGGCGAGGUUCCCGUUCCUUCUGCGCCACAACGGGAGCGGCAUCGACCUGAUGCCCAGCAUCGUGGCGGCCUGCAGCACGCUGCACAACAUGACGGAGGAGUGGGGGGACGGCUUCGCAGAGUUCUGGCUGGCGGAGGCUUCGAGGCACGCCUUGCCGCAGCCACACCCUGGGGGCGACCCAGCGGGAGAUGCCGCACGGUCCGCAGAAGGGGAGGCAAUCCGGGCCGCCCUUUUUGCAGCGGUUAUAACCUGAGAUAACCGUCAUAUGACGUGCAUCUUCCGAGACCAUGUUUUAGCUUGUGGACACCGCUGUGUCCUAAGGCUGGUUCACACACUUGCAAUUGUUUACAACAACAUGCUCCUGCCAUCUGUCGGGUGGAACACUCUUGAUUUCCGUAAAUUUCCUUUCUCUUUUUUUUUUUCCGCAUGAUUCUUUCUGGGCUUGAAAAACAUUUGACAUUAGAAACUACCAUAUCUCAUAGAUAUUACAUACAUUUAUAAUAACUUUAUUCACCAUAUCACAUAUGGUGGGAAUCUCGCAAAUAGCGCAAAACCUUCGUUCUAGUGAAGUGCAGUUCCACGGUCGCCUCAUAGAUGGCAUCAGCGUCUUCCCGUCGUAAGGGAUGGCAAGAAUUCGUUUAUAAGCAGACGCGUGUGUGAACAGUCCUUUACCUGAAGCGUGUUGCACGGCUAUAAUUUUACUGACCUCAAGUCUGGAUGCAGCUGACGCUACGAGCUGAUGAGACCGAUCAAACAGCAUCAAAAGCGCAACAUGGUGUCUGUCGUGUCUGUACAUAACUCGUUAUUGCUGAAGCGAUCGUAUACAUGGAAAGCCGAGUUCCUUGUGCUUUUGAUGCCAUUUGACCGGUUCCGUGGGGUUGUAAUGUCGGGCAAGUCCAUACUUAAGGCAAAACUAAGUGUAGUGCAUCGAGGCUUUUCUACUUUUUAAUAUUCUGCGAGGGUAGGACGAAUAAGUUUUGCCCUCUCCAGUCAGUCACAAUCAAAGUUGAAGCGUAGGAAAAGGCGGAGAAGAAGAAGACUACAAGCUUUUCCAUUCUUCCCCGGCAUUUGUAUUUUUUUGAGACUAUAUAAUAUUUUGUAUAAUAGGGCUGUUGUCUCGACGAAUCAUAGAAAAGUAUUUGAGCAAAGUAUGCUGCAAACAGUUCCGGGCUCAUUCACAUUGUUUCGUAAGUGGGGUGCAAGGGACUCUCUUACUCUGGGCAUUUGCUUAUUAUAUCCCUAGGCACCAAGCCCCCCCUGCUUACCCAGGAGCUUGAACAUUCCGUGCGGACAGGUUUUACGCAGAGGAAUUUUGUGUUCGUAGGAAGUCCCUCGCAACAUUCCUCAUGAUGUUUGCUAGGAAGUACCACAUGCAGUUUGUCUUCCAGCCUGCAAGAUGUGACUGAGUUGCCUUUGUAACAUUUGCCCAGUCGAGGCAACCUACUUCAGUUGGUAACUCAGUUUAUAAGAAUUUAAUUAUCUAUUGUAACAUACUUUCUGCAAAGUAUGACUAUGUAACGGGAAUGUAUGGUGAUAGAUGGACUCUACUUGGCGUCGACUUUUUGUUCUCCAUUGUCGAGGCUGGGACAGUUUCCAGUGCUGCAGCCUUGCACUGCCGAGUGUGUGUGGCUUCGUCUUGCAUCUCGUUUGCAUGCAGUCUCGUGUCAAGAUGUUAAAGUCAUGAGAUACCUUUGAAAGCAUUGGAGCACUGCUGAAACUAUGUUAGCUUCGAUAAGGAGGCUCAGAAAAGUGACAUCAAGUAUGGCCUUGUGAUGGGGGCCAGGCAAGAGCCAUUAUUUCUCUCGUCUAGGAUGUUUUUGGGUGUGGUGCAGAAUCUCAACAAAUCUUGGUCACAUUGUAACAAUAUGAGAAGCUGUGAGAACUUCCAACUUCUGCUAUCCUAAUGUGGUGCUUAGAACACUUACCGCAUGGUGCUGUUGCAGUUAUUUUUGUUUUACGCUUAAAAGUAUGGUUUCUUUUGUUUUUAAUACUUUCGUGUUUUGGGACAUCUAGGUUCAGUUGGGAAACAUUGGCUAUCAUCUAACUAAGGAUAGUUGGUUACGGGUAUCAUGCUGAAAACGUGUAGCAUUACAACCAACCUCAUAAUCUCCUCAGAAGGAUGACUUAUGCAAUGCUUUAAAGGGAUGUCACCUUUAUAACUUGCGUCACAACACAUUACACUCUAUUUUUACGAGUUCUCCGACCAUUUUUCAGUGAUUGCAUAUCCAUGAACAUAUCUACUCGUACGUUUAUACUUGUUGAAGACUCCCACCUAACAUUGUUGGAAAUUGCUCAUGAUUGUGUCUGUCACGCGUAUUGCUUCAUAUAUUUAUGGAAGUGCAAGUCGGCACAAAUCAAAACCAAGCUCUCGACUCAUGUCAGCCGCCUGGAAGCAGUCACAACGCUCCAUUCAGAUUGUUUAUAGCUUGCAUUGAACAAACAUGGUACGCAACAUAUAUUUAAUGACCCACAUUUUUAUCGUAAUGGUGUUGAUGUUGUUAUACUUACACCGCGAAGAUCACAGUGGCCUUUGAUUCAAGGGCAUUUGAAGUGCAAACUAUUUUUGUAUCCAAGCUAUUUAAUCCAAGUCUUCCCAAACCAUUUUUCCAUUUUAUUUGUGUUUACAAACAAGGUCUUUUAGGGGUGAGCGAGCAAUACACAUGGAAUUAUUGUGUUGUAGUGAGAAGCGUCUGCAACCUUUUGUCAAACUUAACCAUGCUCACUUGCAGAGACGUGGAAAGACCAAUCAAGUUUACCCUCUAACUGCAUACUACAAUCCAUCUCCUGUGCAAACAAAAUUGCAAUAAAAUAUACACUUUUGGUAAAA